GUCGCUUUAAUUUGGUUAAACCUAAAUGAUUUGGAGACCGGUGCAUUUAAAAUGGCGGUAGUCGUUACACAUCCACACUGAGACCUCACCCAGACUGGUGUGUGUGCGUGUGUGUGUGUGUUUUUCUUUGCUCGGUGGUGCUCCCUCCUCUGCUGUCACAGUUUAUUUUCUGGUAUGUUCGAGUCGGAUUGUCUGUGCGCUCUGGCAAUCAGCAAAGAAGCUCAUGGUUGCUGAAAAGUGCCUUUCCUGAAGAUUCUGCUGCUUGGAUUUCUAUCUAGGGCUGUCUGUGUGCUUUUUUUUUCUUUUGCCGUUGCUUACAGCAGUUCUUAUAGAGACGACAGAUCACCUUUAUCCUUGUGCUGCACACUCAGUUUUUCAGCCUUUUGACGUUCCACAGCAAGUAUUCAAUUUUUUCCCCUCUACUUCAUCAUCGUCCUUGUUUUUCAAAUCGCCUGUGAGCAGUUAAUGCAGAGACCUGGGAAUAGAAGAAAAAUUUCCCUCAAGAGGAGUGAAGCUUAACUGUAAGCUGAAGCAGUGCCAGAAGCAUACGGUUACGCCAGAAUAAUCAAAACCAGUAACUGAAGAGCACGGAAUUCCACCGACAGGCUGCUGUUACCUACGAGUAACUUUGUCACUUGGUACAAAAGGCUAGAUUUUUCUGCCAAUGCACAUCUAAAGGGUCUGCCCCAUUAAUUGAUGCCCGAUCAUCGCGUGAUGAGUUUUUAAUUUAAAGUUGGCUUUAGGCUGAUGUCAUGUUUCUGCAGAGCAAUCUCACUAAAUGAAACCUAAGUGCUGAAAAGAAAUAUAUUUUUUACCAAAGGAACAAAUUUAUUUGUUAAGUUAUAAUUUUAACUUACUUUUAUACACUUUUCUAAACUAGAACUGUUCUUAAAAAAGAGGGAUUCAGUUACCCACAUAUCCUUUCAGUUUUCUAAUAUGGCUGUGAAUGUUUCUAUGGUCCGUGACACAAAAUGGCUGACGUUAGAAGUGUGUAGAGAAUACCAGAGAGGGACUUGUUCUCGGUCUGAUGCGGAAUGCAAGUUUGCUCAUCCUUCACGAAGUUGCCAUGUUGAAAACGGUCGAGUUAUUGCCUGCUUUGAUUCACUGAAGGGGCGUUGUACUCGAGAAAAUUGCAAAUAUCUCCACCCACCCCCGCAUUUGAAAACACAACUAGAAAUCAAUGGGCGUAACAACCUAAUCCAGCAAAAGACAGCAGCCGCCAUGCUGGCACAGCAGAUGCAGUUUAUGCUGCCAGGCACACAGCUGCAGCCAAUGACCACAUUUCCUGUAACUCCAUCUUUAGCAACAAACCCCACAAUGGCUUUUAGUCCCUACUUGAGUCAUAUGGCACCUGGAAUGGGUUUGGUUCCUACAGAACUUCUACCAAACACACCUGUUCUGGUGUCAGGGAACCCUACUAUUACAGUUCAAGGAAACACUGCUUCACAGAAGCUAAUAAGAACAGAUAAGUUGGAGGUUUGCAGGGAAUUUCAGCGUGGAAAUUGCACUCGGGGUGAAAAUGAUUGCCGCUACGCACAUCCAGUAGACAUUUCAAUGAUAGAUUCAAAUGAAAACACUGUUACAGUUUGCAUGGAUUAUAUCAAGGGUCGCUGCUCAAGGGAGAAAUGCAAAUACUUUCACCCUCCUGCGCACCUGCAAGCCAAAAUAAAAGCAGCUCAACACCAGGUGAACCAGACUGCAGCUGCUGCUAUGACUCAGCCAGCUGUCAGAUCACUGAAGCGACCCCUCGAGGCAACCUUUGACCUGGCCCUCCCGCCUGGUGCACUUCAACCUUUACCAAAGAGGCCAGCACUUGAAAAAACCAAUGGUGCCACCACAGUCUUUAACCCCAGUGUUUUCCACUACCAACAGGCUCUAGCUAAUAUGCAGCUGCAACAACCAACAUUCAUCCCAACAGGGUCAGUGUUGUGCAUGACUCCCACUGCAAAUGUUGUGCCCAUGAUGCACGGUGCUACACCCACCACUGUGUCUGCAGCAACAACACCUGCUACCAGCGUCUCCUUCGCUGCAACAGCUACAGCCAAUCAGAUGCCCAUGUUAUCUGUAGAUGAACUGAGUAGCAGCAUGUUUGUUACACAGAUGUAGGCAUUACGAAUGGAAAACAGUUCAUGCUGAGAUAAUGAACAGCAAACUGAUGGAGUACCAAGACAUCUCCAUGGGGAGCUGCACACGGCCUUUCUGUAAAUACUCCCAUCAUCCCCUUCCUACCACCUCCGCAGUAAGCCUACCACAGCCUACAUGCUAACCAAAACCAAAAUGAUGGGAAUGUCAAGAAACAAAAAGCACUAUAAAAAGUCAAGUAAAUUUACAUACUCCUGUUAGACACUGCGCGUAUGUGUAGGAAUUAAAUGAGGUAUAUCACUUUUUAUAUCUCAUUACUGUAAUACAUUUAACCAAUUUAUGGUAACACCAUGAUGAUAAAAUGCAUUUUCGAAGUAUGAAGACUGUUGGUUUACUGUAUUAUCAAUAGCAAUUGUUUAUCAGUUUCAAUUUUUAUGUACGAGUGCUAUCUUAACUGAAUGUUAAGUUUACAUCAGAGUAAAUUGAUUUGUUUUUAAGAAAAUGUCUGUCAUGGUCCAGGUUUUCCCUAAUCACUUUCUAUUUCACCAUAUCUAUUUUUAUGUUAAUUCGUUUCUCCUUAUUAAAAUGAAUGUUAAUGAGAAACAGGACAAAAAUAUCAAUAGAAAGCAACACUCCACUCUAAUUUGCAUCACAAUCUGCAGUCUUUAUUGUGUAACUUAUUCCCAUUAGUUAAAUCUUCUGUGUAUAACCUGUUUGCCAUCAAGUUUUACAAACGUAAAGAAUACAAAUUUAGCAUAAACUUACAUGUUUUGUGUAGCAAUACUUUCAAUGUAAAUAUUAAUGCAUGUAUUCACAUUUACACCUGCAAUGAGAAACUGUAAUAUUAGGUAGUUAUUUAGGAUCAGGAAAUUCUUGAUGAGCUGUGCAGUACUUAAAUGUAUAAUCUUGUCUAUAAUCACUUCAUCAUUAGCAGUUCUAAAUUGUUACAAACAAUAUUUAGAUAUCAUUAUCAAUCUGCAUAAAACUAAAAAUGUGUCACUUAAAACAAUUCUACAUUUAACCAAUUGAUAAAUUCCGUAGGGCAGUUUAUAAGAUGAUUAAUCUGCCCAUCAACAGUGUGCUUACUAUUACAGAUGUUUUACUCCUGUUUUUCCUUCAGUAGUAUUGUGAUGAAAUGGAGCUGAUAGUUAGGGAUAGCCUGCCAUGUUUUUGUGUUAUCUCAUUAUAUUGCUGGUCAAAACUAUUUCCUGCUCACUGUGUACCAGUGCCUCAAAGAAAGGAGAGGUGGAUAUAACUAAGCCGGAAUGAAUGUUGUGUAUUGGUGAUAUUAAAGGGCUUGGUUCAUUGAAGCUAAAAUACUUUCUAAUAGUAUAUUCCUGCGUUAUUGUUAAUGUGCGAGGUGGACUCCUCCUGGGAAGCUUCCAAACUAAAAGCUUGGAGGUUGUCUGUAAUUGUUGGUAACAUCAGACAGGAAUGCACAACUUCACUGUACAGAUUGGCAAUCUGUUACAUCAACAACUCUGUGACAAUAUUUCAUCUAUUACCGAUACUUAAAUAUUCAUUCCUGUUUCAAAUGUAAGUUCACAACAUUAAGCUUAAGCGAUUUUGAUUAUAUAAGUUGUGAAUAAGAGUGGAAAUAUCCAUGCCUAAUCUGGGUCUCAGCAGCAUGGACAGACAUUCAGUUUUCAAACGAGUAGAACAAUAUUCGGAUUAACUGCAUCCAGUUAAAGAAUCAAUUAAUAUUGUUAUUUAAAUGAUGUUGUGAAGCAGCGUGUUCCCUGUCUGUCAAGUCCUUCAUGCUGUUUAAGGAUUUGGUUAACUGGGCUUCACUUUGAGAAAAAAAAGUUGCUUCUCUUUCUUUUGGAAUAAAUGACUAAUAUAUAUAUAUUAUAUAUAACAUAUAUAUUCACUGCCAUUGUCUAGGUGUGUAGCUCUGGUGAUGCUAUCAAAAUUUUUGCACAUUCAGAAUCAAUUUCAGAACUGGGGAGGUGAGCAUGAUCUAACAGAACAUCAUCAGAAAUGUAAACUAACAGUUUUCUCAGUGCAUGGUUAAUACAGUAGAGCAUAAGUAUUGUCUCUGGAUAUUAAGAUGCACAGCUCUGGAACAAGCUUCAAUGGAACAAUCCUUUGAACUGAUUCAGUACUAUCAUACUUCACUGUAGACAAACCCAUACUUUAGCCUCCAAAUCAUGGUCCCAGCAUCCACCCCAUAUCUGGUACGGAUUACUUGCAGUGUGAACAGAAUGUAAAUCUGGAACUUAAAACAAUUUCCCAUAAAAGGUCAGAGCACUGAAAGGAUACAUGUUUGGUUAUUAAAGAUUUAUUGCUUUAUUAUGAAGCAGACUUCUUUUAAUGAGGAUGUUCAGGGUAGGAGGAUGAAUGAGGUGCCGCACAUGUUUCAGUGUCGCUGGGAGGUUAAGACUGAUGUUUUUAAAAAAAAGCUAAGGAAUGAAAGCUUGAAGCACUAGUGUCUUCACCAAAUGAAAUCAACGCAGGCAAAGCUGCCACUUCUGAAGUAGCACUAAGAAGAAUAUAGUUGUGCAAUGACUUUACUCCAAUGAUUUGUUUAAUUAAAAAAAGUCGUCAAGACUAUAAAUGUCAUUAGGUUGAGUGAGCAUUCUUCAUUAUAGUCACAUCGUCAGAAAGUGACUCUAAACAAAGUCUUCUCUGCACCACAGGAUCAUUUGUUUAAAUGCCAUGAAAAUGUGAUUAUACAUACUGCAAUUAGAUUGUUGGACUCUAGUGCUGGUUAGUACCAGGGAAGAUUUCAGCAGUUCUGCUUCAUUUCAUGGCCAUGUAAUCAUGUAUGUUUAUUUUUAUUUCAUCCAAAGUUAUUUCUCUUUGUUUAGUUUUCUCAGCCUUAUGCAAACGAUAUGCAAGAAUACUGAAUCUUGGAUAAAACGGGUCAUACUGAGGGAAAGUGGAAGAUGAGGUAGAGGACGAAAACAGGGAUUUUUCUAUUUGGGCUGGACAAAUUUAAUAUUAAUGUUACGUUUUCCAUCACAAAAGUGCAACACAAACUGCAUUAACUAUCGUAAUCACACCAGUGCUUUUAUGCUACCUAAAUUAUUUUAGGGCAAAGUUAUUGCACUGUUACCAGCCAUAUGUUUCAUUAAGUACAUGAGAGUUUUAGUUCUGUUAUAGUUUACAACCUCUGUUACUAUAGCUGACAGGAAUAAAGAGUUCUAAAUUUCUCCAACCUUGUAUAUUUCACAGUACUGUAUGCUGAGAAAGAGAAAUCUAUGAGGAAAAUUUUCCAUUCCUCUUGAAUGGAUUUAGCAAGAUAUUGACCUGAUUUUACUGUGUGCCUGUUAAAGGCCUUAGAUGCUAUAAUGGUUUAAAACUAUGUAAUCUAUAUAAAUCUAUAGAGGUUUUUGCCAAUAGCCUAAUCCAAAUGUAAGUACAUAACAACACACUACAUACCUUCAGUGACAUGAUCAUGUCUAAAAUUUUAAUUUCUAGAACUAAUUAUUUUACAUUUCUGAUUUUUUUAUUGCUUAGUUUUAAUUACAGUUAAAUAGGAACUAAUGUUUUAAAUCUGAAGGAGUGUUAAUAAAAGUUUUUAACAUUUGUAUUUGAAACCAUUUAUUGAUUCAUUAAGUCAUUUAUUUUAUUGCUAACCUUCACUGAGAUAUGAUCACGUUUAAGAAUACAAUACAUACCUAGUUUGUGUAGUUUACAUUUUAGAACAAAAAUAACUUUGUAUGUAACUCUUACAAUGAUAGAUUCAUUGUUAACUAAUUAUGAUAUUGAGUUGUUGCUAUGGCAACAAAACUACAACAUGGCUACCUUUGUAUACAUUAUUUGUGAAUUUUCACUUGUAAUUUUAAAAAAAUUGUACAACAGCAUGAACUUUAAAAAGGUACAGCUAGACACUCUCAGGCAAAAAGUAAUGAUAUUCUUUGAAUAUUUUUGAUUACCCAAAGUUCCACUUAAAAUGUACGUGAGACCUGAAUCUGUGUCUGUAUGUCCCUUUUUCAGCCAAAAGAGGUUAACAACACAUGGAUUUAGAAUCAGGUUUUAUAGCUAGUUGAAAGUGUGGUGUGGGUACAGUGUUGUAAAAACUCUGGAAAUGUGAUAUGCUGCAGUUUAACUGAUUUGACCUGUUAGUGUACGAUUGUGUGUGACACAUCUUUUUGCACUUAUGUACAUAGUUAAUGAAAGAAAUAUUCAGAUCUUAUUUUGAAUAAAAAAGGAUUGUGUUAUUACAGGAAAGUUUGUUAAGGUAAAUAAGGUAGGCAUUACUAAGGCUUUGAAAAAAAUGAGGGACAGUUUUUGCUAUAAAACGUAUCUGAAAGCAUGAUGUUGCUUUGCUGUUGAGAAAAGCUUUGUAGUUUGCCAUAGCUUACUGUACAAUGAAUGAGAACAAUUUACAUUCAGUUCCGGGGUCUCAGAAUUGAGCUUCAACAGACAGGUACAAUCUUACUGUUGUAAUUCAAAAAGUUGACGUGCUCCAAACAAUAAAAUAUUCAACCAAAUUAGUCAUCAACACACAAAGACAAAAGAAUUACAAGACAUUAAAAACAACCACAUUACAUUGAUCUCAAAGGUUCAAGUUCUAUAAUACUGUACACAGAUGCAACCUGAUGGUGGAAGCCAAAUGAUUUUGUUGCCAUGGCUGUUGUAUCCUAGCAGAUGAGGGGAUGACUUUCCUGCUUACAGGUUGGAGAGAAACCUGUAACUAGGGCCUGUGCUUUCAUUCAUUUAAUGUGCAUAUUGUUUCUUCAACUGCACAGGAGGUCAUUUUUGUGUCUAAAGCUCAAAUGAUUAUAUUUGGAAUCUCUGUGUACAGGUUUACAAAUAUCAAGAAUAGCAAAUACACAGCAUUACCUGUAUGAGAACAAUGUUUGCAUACAAAAGCUGUUAAAUACUGUGUUGUACAUCUCAAUAUUCCGCUUUAGAAAUUGGCUUCAAUUGUGUGCUUAAUUUUAGAUUCCAAAUGAUAAUUCUUGCAAAUUAUGCAAAAUCACACAGCAAAAAUCUAAACAAAAUUUUCCCUUUAAAGCAGAAUCCAAACUUCACACAAAAGUCAAAGCAGUUCAUUCCCUCAACUGCUACAAACAAGAUAGUAGCUUCGUUUUUAUUUUUCUCUGGAUUGUUGCCAGAUUAUAUUGCUGUAGUGCUUGUAUGUGCUUUAGAUAUGACGUGCUGUAUGCUACAUAUUUCAGUAUUUUACUUCUUAUAUUGCCAUUGUUUAAUUUCUGAUCUUUUAAAAAUAAAGUGCUUAAAAUGGU